CCAAAAUCACAUUAUCAUUUCUGAUGUACUAAAAUUCUAAUUUCUAUAAACCUACAUAUCAACAUUAUGCAUAUGCUCAAAUGUAAUACUUGGCUAUGUACAAUUAACUAUACAAUCCUUUUUAUAAUUAAAUCCAAUCAUUUAGACCAGCUAUGUCCAACUAAACACAAUUACCUAUUCAACAACAAAAUUAUAUAACUAUUUCUGAUGAUGAAGAAAGUAUACCAAAAAAAGAAAUCGUGCCUCCUCCUACCUAAACAAUUUAAACUAUUUAAACUAUUUAAACUAUUUAAAGUGAAAAACAAACAACAAAAAUGCUGGACCUAGAUUAACUUGAAGCUUAAGGCAAAUUAUAUGAUGAUGAAAGCUAACCUAUUCCUUAAUUAUCAAAACGAAUUAUUAAAAAACCUUAAAAACUUAUAUACAAACAACAAAAGAAAAAAUAAAAUAAAAUUAAACGACAACCUGUAAAAAAACCAUUUCGUUACAUCAAACAUGUUCAAAUAAGUAAAGAGAGAUAAUUAAUUCAAUUUCCAUAAUCUACUGUCAAAGUAAGGUUAAUUAAAUUUUAUGAGAAAAAUGAAAAUUAAUGUAAGUAACAUUUAUGAUUAAUUAUAGUUUAAUAACUCUUUGAAAACUUAAAACUUAAUUUCCCUUCUGCCAAUGAUGAAGAUGUUGCUAUUAUUCUAAAUAUAUGUGAUAAAAAUUAUACUAAAGCUGAAUCCCUUAUAUAAGAAAGCGGAUGCUACAUCUCAUACUACUUAAAUUGUAAUUAUUUUAUCUUAUAAUAAGCAUACAAAGCUCAACAACAAAUUGAUGAAACUACUAAUAGCAAAUGA